AUGGUGGAUUCUCCUGCAAGGAAGCGUUUGUUGGCAAGAACCGACUCAGUUCGCAUCUUUCCUUCAAGAGGAGGAGUUAUAACUUUUACUUAUGCUUUCACUUUUGCUUCUAUUUUAUUCAUGCUUGUCCUUGUAAAUACUUUUCACCCUUCUUCUCGUAGAUAUCAUUUUACAAAAGUUAUGACUCACAUUUUCACCUCUAAUUCUUCAGAACCUCCUUCUCAUCCACCUCAUUAUAGCCCUACUCAUGAUAAAACUUCUCAUAAAGAUGAUGAAUUAGUGGAUCAUAGGAUUGCAGCUUCUCCUUCUCCAUCUCAAAUUUCUAGAAAAGAAGAUAAUGGAUUGGUGGAUCAUAGGAUUGUAGCUUCUCCUUCUCCAUCUCAAACUUCUAGAAAAGAACAUGAUGGAUUAGUGAAUCAUAGGAUUGUAGGUUCUCCUUCUCCAUCUCAAAUUUCUAGAAAAGAGAAUGGUGGGUUAGUUGAUCAUAGGAUUGUAGCUUCUCCUUCUCCAUCUCAAACUUCUAGAAAACAUGAUGGAUUAGUGGAUCAUAGGACUGUAAAUUCUCCGUCUUCAUCUCAAAUUUCUAGAAAAGAAGGUUCUGGUUUGGCACCAAAGCGACAUAAAAAACAUCGUAAGGCGCAUCCACCGAUUGGUGCUACGAUUAAACCACAACAAGAGAAGCCUUUUGCACCUAGGCCUUCACCAAAUGUGGUGCAAAGUGAUCAACAACAUUUGGUGGACUUAACAAAGAGUUGUAAUAUGUAUGAAGGGACAUGGGUUUUUGAUGAUUCAUAUCCACUUUACAAAGCCGGGUCUUGUCCUAAUAUUGAUGAGCCUUUUGACUGCUUUCUCAAUGGUAGAACUGAUAAUAUGUUCGAAAAGUUCAGAUGGCAGCCUAAGAAUUGCAACAUGCCAAGGUUCAAUGGUAGCGACAUGUUGGAGUUACUGAGGGGAAAACGUUUAGUUUUUGUUGGUGAUUCCCUCAAUAGGAACAUGUGGGAAUCUAUGGUGUGUGUUCUUAGUAAUUCAGUUGAAAAUAAGAGCAGGAUUUUCGAAGCCUCUGGUAGACAAGAGUUUCGAACAGAGGAUUCUUACUCGUUUAUCUUCCAAGAUUACAAUUGUUCCAUUGAGUUCUUCCGUUCACCGUUUCUUGUUCAAGAGUGGGAGAUUCCAACCCAGAAAGGAUCGAAAAAAGAGACACUUCGUCUUGAUUUGGUUGAGAACUAUUAUGAUAAGUACAAAAAUGCUGAUGUUUUGAUCUUCAACACAGGUCAUUGGUGGACUCAUGAGAAAGUAAAGGAAGGGAAGGAAUAUUAUCAAGAAGGAAAUCAUGUAUAUGGACAAAUGAAUGUUGAAGAUGCAAUUAAUAAAGCUUUAUUGACAUGGGCACAUUGGGUGGAUACUCAUGUUGAUCCUAAGAAAACUACAGUUUUCUUUAGAGGCUAUUCACCUUCUCAUUUCAGGGAUGGGGAAUGGAAUUCUGGUGGUCAGUGUGAGAAUAUUACAGAGCCAUUGAAAGAUGAAUCUGAUUUACCAGAAAAUCCUUCAGAAAUGAUGAAGACUAUUGAAUCAGUAAUUACAGGAAUGACGACUCCGGUGUUUUACCUGAACAUCACGAGAAUGACAGAUUACAGACUUGAUGCUCACCCUUCCAUGUUCAGAUACACCAAUAUGACUGAGGAGACGAAAAGAUUUACGCUCACACAUCAGGAUUGUAGCCAUUGGUGUCUUCCUGGUGUUCCUGACUUGUGGAAUGAAUUAGUGUAUGCUCACCUUUUACAAAGGUUGAAAACAAACAAGGGAAAUCCUUGA